AUGAACAAGGCUCAAUUUGUGACUGUCCAAGAACCUUUCAUUGAUGAAUACAAUCUGGAGAAAUACAAAAAUAAAGUUGGUUUUCAAAAUGCAGUGGCCAACAUUAAUGGCAAAAUAUGGUGUUUUUGGGAUGACUCUUUGGACUGCUCUAUUGUUUCAAACAGCAAUCAGCAGCUCACUAUAAAGAUCAAGCAUUUGAUCACCUACAAAACCUUCUGGUAUACUAUAGUUUAUGCUAAGAGCACUGCCAGGAAGAGAAGAAAGUUAUGGCACAUGCUUAGGCAUAACUCUGGUCAUAUUGAUGGCCCUUGGGCUGUACUAGGAGACUUCAAUGUGAUCCUAUCUCCUAGUGAGAAGAGAGGUGGCAUACCACAUAGAAUGAGUCAAAGUAUGGAUUUCAUCUCAUGCUUGGAUGAUUGUGGAUUAGUUGAUGCAGGAUACAGUGGAAACACUUUCACUUGGACUAAUGGAAGGAAAAGAGGCAACAGGAUCUGUAGAAAACUUGACAAAGUUCUAUACAAUGAGGAGUGGAAUGACAAUAUGGGGGAUAGCAUGGUUAAGCACAUGGCAAGGACAGGUUCAAAUCAUAAUCUUAUUAUAUUUAACUGCAAAGAAGUUACUAAUAAUUUUGUGAGUUAUUUCAGGUUCUUGAAUUUUUGGACAAUGCAACUAGAUUUUCAACAACUAGUUCAGAACUCAUGGAUGGAAGAAGUACAGGGCAAUGCAAUGUGGAUUCUGCAAGAAAAACUGAAAAGACUCUCCAAAGUCUUAACUCAGUGGUCCAAAGAAGUCAUUGGAAAUGUCUUUGAGAAAGUCAAGCAAUAUGAACAACUUAUUCUUGAACUUGAGCACAAGAUGGACAGUGAUGACUCUGAGAAAAACAGGCAGGAUCUUAACAGAGUUAAUGCUGAGUACAUUAGAUGGUCUAGCAUACAAGAAAAUUUGCUACAACAAAAGGCCAAAAUUCAAUGGAAUGACGAAGGAGAUGCCUGUAAUGAGGUCAUUGGAGAUGCAGCAGUCCAAUACUUUGAAAGUACGUUCACUGAGACUGCACAAAUUCCUGAUUAUGGGGUUCUACAUCACAUUGAGAAGAUUAUCAAUGAAGAAGAUAAUCAGAAUCUUAACAGAUUCCCAGAAGAAGAAAUAAAAAAUGCAAUCAUGGAUAUCAGUACUAACAGUGCUGCAGGGCCAGAUGGCUUUAAUGGUUUCUUUUUCCAGAAAUGCUGGGACAUCAUUAAGGAUGAGCUGAUCAACUUUGUGCAGAGUUUCUACUGUGGUAAAAGGUUAACAAAGUAUUUUACUCAUACUUGUUUAAUUUUUAUUCCUAAGGUAGAUGAACCUGCUAGUUUUUCUCAAUUAAGGCCUAUUAGCUUAUCUAAUUUCUAUAAUAAAAUUAUCUCCAAAAUUAUGGCUACUAGACUCAAUGUUUUGUUACCCAAAUUAGUGUCAGAAAAUCAGACUGGGUUUAUUAGUGGAAGACUCAUCACUGAGAAUAUUUUACUUACCCAGGAGAUUGUGCAUGACAUAAAUAAAGGUAAUAAUUCUAAUUUGGUUUUCAAAUUGGAUAUGGAAAAAGCAUAUGAUAGAGUUUCUUGGCUCUGCAUAAUUUUUAUUCUCAGAAACUUUGGCUUCUCUGAAUUCUUUAUCGACUUAGUUUGGAGACUUCUAUCAGAUGUAUGGUACUCUAAUAUAAUCAAUGGUGAGAGGAAAGGAUUUUUUCACUCCACAAGAGCUCUUAAACAGGGUGACCCUCUUUCUCUUUUGCUUUUCAUUUUAACUGCUGAACUUCUUACUAAGUUGCUCAACAAGAUUCAUGACAAAAACAGAUACAUUGGCUAUAGUAUGAAUGCUAUGGGACCAAGAAUAAACCACUUGGCAUAUGCUGAUGAUAGAUAUGAGGAGGCCUCUGGACAAAAAAUAAACAAGGAAAAGAGCAUGUUCCUAACUGCCUCUCAUGCCUCUGAUGGUACUCAUAGGAGAAUUAGGAGAAUGUCAGGUUUUAAAUCAUGUACAUUUCCUUUCACUUAUCUUGGGUGCCCCAUUUACACUGGUAGGAAGAAAAUUUCAUGCUUCACAGAUGUUACUUCUAAAUUUUUUAAAAGAAUUGGUAGCUGGCAAGGAAACCUCUUGUCUCAUGGGGGAAAAGCAGUUAUCAUCCAACAGGGACAAAACGAAGGUAAAAAUAAGUACCAUUGGAGUGCUUGGAAGAAUCUUUGUUAUCCCAAAGAAGAAGAAGAAGGCCUGGGUUUUAAAUCUCUUGCUGAUAUUCAAAGUUCUUUUAUUCUGAAAAGAUGGUGGAGAUUUAGAACUCAAAAGAGUUUAUGGGCUGACUUUCUGAGAUCCAAGUACUGCAUUAGAGUCAAUUCUAUUGCUAGAAGUUGGAGCUCUGGUCAAUCUCAAAGUUGGAAAGAGCUUCUUAAUUGCAGAAGCAUUGCUGAACCUUACAUGUUGUGGAAAAUCAACUCUGGGUCCUCUCUCUUCUGGUGGGAUAACUGGACUGGUCUAGGGCCCCUUGCUUUAAUGCUUGAACCUGGUCCAAGACCAGGAAACACUUUAGUCGAGGAGUUUAUUUUUUAUGGUAACUGGAUUUCUAGUAAAUUGGAGAAUACCGUUCCCCCUAAUCUGCAACACACUAUAGAAAGUAUCAAGAUUGCUGACCAAAACUCUCUUGAUUCCUGCAUUUGGACCCACAAUAGUGAUGGAAAUUUCACUUGUUCUUCUGCCAGAGAGAUUACUAGACAAAGGAAGAACAAAAAUGAUUCUUACAAUAAUCUUUGGCAUAAAGGAAUGCCUUUCAAAGUGGCUCUUUUGAAUUGGAGAAUUCUCAAAAGAAAACUCCCAUUUGAUGACAUUCUCCCCAAGUUUGGCCAACAGGUUGUGUCUAGAUGUAACUGUUGUAACCAGCCUCAAACUGAAACCAUGAAUCAUGUCUUUGUUGAAGGUGAUAUCGCUAAGAAAAUAUGGAGUUUCUUUGCUAACCCUCUUGCAGUUAAGCUUUAUUAUGGGAGUAUUAGGCAGAUUAACCUUCACUUGUCUUGGAAAGAUAUUUGUGUCAUUGCAGAUGUAUAUUCUGCUCCAAUCAGUACCUUUCUAGUAUAUUGGGAGAAACCACAACCAAAUCAGUACAAAAUCAAUACAGAUGGAAGCUCUGUGGGUGAACUGAAGAAAGCAGGAGCAGGAGGUAUCAUCAGGAACCAUGAAGGCAAAAUUAUUCUUGGAUUUUCAGAGUCACUUGACUAUUGUAGCAACAAUAUGGCAGAAAUCAAAGCUGCACUUUUGGGUUUGCAAUACAGUUCAAAUCUAGAAAUGGACUCAAAACUCAUGGUGGAUAUGAUCAAAGGAAUCAGCAAAGCUUCUUGGAGAUUUUAG